UCUCUAGCAGUCACACUGGAUGUUACACUUACACCCCCACUCAGACCUCAAAAACAGAACAUUUUCUCCUUUACCUUCCCCUUUCAUUUCCUCCAGAAUCCACAGAGGCAUGUCCACAUUCGAGUGAUCUUGAAUGAAGGGUCUCUUGUUGAUUGCUUUUGGGAUUCUUCAAUGGCUACCAGUGGAGGAACCGAGGAACAGCAGCAGUUCGAUCUGUUAGGAAAAACCCUAAAAGAAGGCGAACGUCUACUAGCCCCUACCAGGAGACCCGACGGUACUCUUCGAAAACCCAUUCGAAUUAGGGCAGGUUACGUCCCUCAAGAUGAAGUUGCGAUUUACCAGUCCAAAGGUGCUCUGCUUAGGAAAGGGUUGGGUGCACCUGAGGUUCCUCCGGGUCGUGAUCCAGUGUUGGAUGCGAAGCUGAAGUCUAAGUCUGCUAGAAGGAAUGAAAGGAAGAAGGAGAAGAAGCAACAGCAGGCUGCCAUUGAGAAGGGAAAGAAUUUGGAGUCGAAAACCACUGGAGAGGUGCCUUCUGCUGAAGAUAUGGGCCCAAGAUCAAAAGGUGUUGAAUCAGUAACAGAUCAAAUGAACAUGCUAGAUGUUUCAGAAACUCCUCCAGUUGUUGCUCCUUCUACAGAUUCAACUGUGUGUCCCAGUACUUUGGGUCCUGGUCCAGAUCUUGACAAGAGAAUUAGAGCACUCAAAAAGAAGUGCACACCUUGUUAUAAUGGAGGCCACGGUCAGCGAAUGGCAGCAGAUGACCUUCCUAGGCAACAAAUUCGGCUAACAGUAGCUCAACUGCAGAAGACUGAGCAAAAAGAUAUGAAGCCAGGACAAUUAGAGAAAGUGGCAAAGUUGGAAGGCUGGUGUGAGGAGCUAAAACUUCUGGAGGAUGAGAAGGCAGAGUUGGCAGUAUCAUAAGGCUGGGCAGCCGUUUGCCUCCCAGAAUCUAAGGGUGGUCUUGGUCUAAGAUGUAUCAAGGAUGCUAACACUGCUGGUAUUACUUAGCUGAUCUGGAAGCUAGUCACAAAAAAGUAAAGUAUCUGGGUUGAAAGGGCGUACUCGGGGCUCCUCCGCUCAAACUCCAUCUGGACAGUCACGGCUUUAUUUGAUGCUUCUUGUGUUUGGCGCAAGAUCUUGUCCGUUCGGACAGCUGUUAUUGGAGCCAUCUCUUCCCAGAUUAUUGAUGGCAUCUCUACCUCUCUUUGGCUUGAUCAUUGGCAUCCUUUGGGAAUUCUUCUUCACGCUGUAAGUGCGAGAGCCAUUUACAGUCUGUGGCUUUCCAAGCAUUUCACGAUUGCGGAUAUCAUGUCCUUGGCUUCUUGUUCUCCUCCUGCCAUGGACUCUCCCCAGCUCAUUGCUGUUUGGAACUUGCCUCCUAUUAUUAAGUCUCAGUAAAGAAGAGAUGACUAUACUCUUUGGAAUCCCACCGCUUCAGGCCUCUUUAGCUCCAAAGUGGCUUGGGAUUAUGUUAGGUUUAGGGGAAACUUCUCUCCUUGGCACAAGGUUAUUUGGUUCAAGCAUCACAUCCCACGUCAUAGCUUCAUUAUUUGGCGAGCCAACUGCCUUCCAAUGCAGUCAUUCCUCAUCCAUCGUCAAAUUCUGGUCUCUCCCUUGUGUGGUCUUUGUGGAACAGAACCGGAAGAUAUGAACCACUUGCUCUUCUUUUGCCCCCUCUCUGCCUCUAUUUGGAAAAGUGUCCUUGCAAAGUGUAGGCCUAGAAGUAGAAGGAUUCUCGCUUUUCAGAGGGAAUGGAAUGGAUCAACAUGACUUUCACCGGGUCUUCUGUCUAUGAUUCUAUAGACAAGCUUGAUUUCGUGCAACCAUUAACCAGAUUUGGAUGGAGUGUACCCAUAGGAAAAGGACUUCCAAACCUCACCCUCUUAGGCAGAUUUGGGAAUCCAUCUCUUUUGAUGUCAAAGGAAAGAAUUCUGGUGUUUCUUCCACUUGUAUUACCUCUCCUAGGAGGAGUCAUAUUAUUUGUCUUGGGGCCUCUUCCCCCUCUUUGCUUCGGACUUUCUCUCUCAUCUAUUGAGGGUUUGUCCUUUGCUUUUUCUCUCCCAUCUUUGGGAGCUGUUGUAUUUUUUUUCCCCCUCUUUGGUAAUGAAUAUUUAUUCACCAAAAAAAAAAAAAGCCAAUAUGUAUAGUACUUCACAUAUUUCAGAAUUUGAGUUGAAAGUUUUGAAUUCUAGAACAUUAAUUAUGAAACUCCACCAGUGUUUUUUAUGCUGCCGGUCGCAAGCCCGGGUAAAGGAGGAGGGUUGGUGCGUCAGGGAGGCAGCCAGCAUUGUAUAAGAUUAGCUAAAUUUUUUUAGAUUUGAUCCUAGAGUUAUAAGGAAUGCAUAAAUUAGAGCUGAUUCAAAAAGUAGUUCCAAUACAUUAUAAGUUGAGAGAGCCAUUUGAGGUGGUAUGGACAUGUGCAACAGAGACAUUUGAAUGCUUUUCCAAGGAUGAGUAAUAUGAUUUAGAUUGGAGGAACUGGUCAAUGAAUAGGCCUAAAAUGACUAUAGGAGAAUGUGAGGAAAGAUAGCUUAAGACUGGUAACAAGUAUGGCUUUGAGUAGAGUUGAUUAGUGAAAGAAGAUCCACAUAUCCCACCGCAUCUAGUUGAAAAAGGUUGAGUUGAGUCGAGUAGAAUAUUAAGGAUGAAAAUUUUCUUUUUGAUUCAAUAAUCUAUGCUGCCUAAUUAAACAAUUGAAUUUUUUGAAUAUUAAUGACUCUUUUUUUUCCUCU